AAUGGCUGCUGCUGUGGACCUUAGUGAUUCGGACGGAUCAGUGACUGUCACGCUGCUUGCAUAAUUAAAGCAUUCCCGUAUGCAGACACCUAAUGCCAGUUCUUUUUUUGAUUUGUAUCCCCGCCCAGACUACUAUGCGCUGCUGUAGCAGCACAAUAGACGAGUAUCCUUCUCCAUGAUGGAUACCCCGACGAAAUGGAUAACGUCGAUGAUUGAACGCCUCUUGAGCUCCUAUCUGAAUAAAUCUUCGAUCAAAAUCCCUUUUGAGAACGACCAGAGCAACCUCCGCUUCCGCACACAUGUCGUUAAGAGCGUUCUGGUGAACAGUUGUACGGAAGACCGACACUUUAACAAACUCAAUGUAACCGACUCGGAUGCCCAAAUCGAAGCGAUCUUUUCCAGAGAGGCGCUGGAGGACUAUCAGAAGAGAUACCCACAGCAUCCGUUCAGCAAAGAGGAGGUACGGGGAUACCGUGUUCAGCUGGAGGACUUUGAGCUGGUCUUGGAGUAUACCACGGCAACCCCGAAGGUUCAUCUCUAUGUCCAACGUUUCAAGGUAGAAUGGGGCUCGGCCAGGGUCAAGACACCCCCAAAGGGGAAGACCCUUCGGAAACAUCCGGUUUAUAAGUUGAUGCAAGAUGCGUCCAGAGACGCCAAGCAAUCUCUGCAGCAUAUUAUGGCGCCUGCCCCUCGACGUAAUGAUUCUUUCUCUUCGCAGACCCAUCAAACGUUCCAGAUGCCUGCCUCGCAGAAUGGCUUCAUGUCCCAGGUAUAUCCAGCUCCUCAGGCUCAGGCUAUGCAGCAUCCGCCUCGCCCGGACAGAGAUGCCAGGGUCUCUACUCUACUUGCAAUGCUAGAUCAGCGGGCUGGGACUAAUAUUCCAUCGGAUCAACUGGGGCGCGUACCUUCCCUCCCUCCGACUCCGAAUCACCAGCAUGGAAUUGCGGUACCUGCAGCAAUGGCAAACAUACCAUCUGCCAGGUACUAUACUGCAGAGCCUGCCAGGGUCAAUAUAGACAUCGCGCCUUUGCCCUCUACCGUGCCGAGUGCAGCCGCGCAACCCGUCCCGCGCCCAUCGAGCAAUCAGUUCCUUCGGUUGGCUUCGCAGCCUCCUCUCGCCAAGGACAGCGUAUCUCUGUCCAGAGUAUCAAGGAACUCUGCGCCACCAAAUAGUGAAUUUGAAGCGGAGCGACUGCCACAGCUAGCAGGUUUGUCUCAAAAAGGCACAGAGAAACAAACUAGUCCCCCACUGCAGAUGAUCCAACAAUCUCACAGGGCUGUAGUCAAGGAGAAGCAGCCGCUGGAGAAACUGGGACUUUGCCUUGAAGACCCCUGGAAGGACUUGACGCGGAUUGAGGAACGGGAUAUUCGUAUACCCAAGGACCAACAGAAUUUACUAGGGUUAUAUAAGCGCCGCUGGAUACCACCUCUACCCGGGGAAAGCAAACCACAAGGCCACGUACCACCUCGUCUACUUGCUCAGUGGAACACUAUUGUGACGCGAAGAAGCCGGGCCGCUAGCGAAAGGUCACUGGAAAAAGCAACACCGGAAGCGCUUCCAUUAGAACGGCCUUCACUUGGUUCUCCCAGCCCUACCCCUCGAGCUGAUUCAGACUCAGAAGGCGAACCUUUGACGUCGCAGUGGUCAGAAAGCUCCCCUGAACAGACCAUACGUCGACGUCCGGCUCUGCCUGAAGACAGUAGCCCUAUAAGAGGGAGCCCGCGCAGGCUAGGGCGCAAUGUACCGGUGGCAGAUAGACCCAAAGUGCAAGCUGAUCGUCUGACCGAGGAGUCUAUUCCAGAAUCCGAUCAGCGUGCUCUAAGCACGAUAUCUGAGAAACCGGGGGGCAUUGCUGGCAGGGCCAAAACAGAUAUACAUCCUGCUAGGCGAAGCAUCCCAGUCCGAGCCCAAAGUCUACGAGAUGACUCGGAUGGCGACAGCGAUGACUCCAUGAUGGAUACCUCUGUGCCCUGUCCACUAGGGGUUGAAUUAUCUCAGUCGCAGUUUUUCACUCAGUCGGAGCGGGAGAUAACCAGCUCAGGUCCGUCUCUUCCUGCGCCCGCUACACAGGAUCAGGUGCAGGUCGUUGAUACUCCCGAGACAAACCUUGGACGGUUCCGCCAUUCUCAGCCCGAACUGAGUAGCAAAGCCCCGGAAAUGCAGCCCUUUAGUACCCAUUCACCCAGUGUAGACAAAUCUUCGUCUCAGUCACGAAUUCUGAAUUCAGUUGGGAGUAGCACCGACAAAGGGUCUUCCUCUCAAAUCCUUUCAAAUGAUCAAUCGCGGGGCACCAACGCGGAAAUCCGGGUAGACAUUGCAGGGACACAGAUGAGCAAUCAAGACCUGUCAACGCAGGACCCAACGCCCGGUUCUACCGCGGAUAUGGUUCUAGAUUCAAGUGCCCCAAGACUGCGUGAAGCGAGUGUGAUCAUGGAAGUCGCAAUGCCCUCAUCUCUACUGCUCGAGACUAGUGGUCAAAAAGGAGCUAGCUCCGAAUUCCUGGCACAGAGAUCGUCAAACAGGCAUUCCGUGGGAGUGGUCUCGAAACGGCCUGCGUCUGCUCUCGAAAACGAGGCAAGUGGCCCAUCCAAACGACCUCGAACGCAGCCGCCUGAGACAGCUCAUGAACCAACUUCCAGCGCAUUGCAUCCACAGAGUCCCCGCAAUCCCGCUGAUAGCUGGGAAGCUCAGCAGACUUAUGGCAAGUUCUGUCGUAAUUAUCCAAACUAUACUGGCGACUUUCAUCACUUCACCAAGCUUUGCUCUAAGCUUCACGCUGUGCGAGCCAAGGGCCACCUGCAACGGUCGUUUCUAUGGGAUGACUUCAUUAUCAAGCAUCUCGAAGAGUUUCCUGGCUAUAUACAGCAAAACCAGAUGUCAGAAUCCAAGUCCAUGGAUUACGAGGACUAUUUUGCAUCUACGUUUUCCCGACCUGUUUACAAGAAGCGAAGCCUGACAGCGCAGGGUAUUGCAAUUGCAGCAGCACAGUAUGACCCAGCCAGGAAGGAGCCUGCUCCUGCACAUGCUUCGCCAACCAGGCCAGAAACUUCGUUCACCGGCAGCCUUGUGGACCGCUUCACUAAUUUGCAUGCUCACUCUUUCGAGCUAGGAAGCCAGGCCACCUUAUCCGACACUGAUAUGGAUAUAUCGUCUGUAAUGUCGUCGCCCACUCCACAUCGCCAGCCCCACUCCGUCGUCCAGGAUGGGGCUUGGAAUACGACACGGCAUACAGAGCAAAAGCCCCCCGAGGAAGAUGCGUCUUCUGACCUUGCGUCAGCAGAGCGGCUCGUGAUACCUACAAGCUCGGCUAGCGCUUACGAGUCUGCCCUGGAAUAUGCCCCCAUACACGAAGAUAUUACCGUCUUCGAGAAGGGGGAGAUCUUGGAGUCUAGUGGCCUAAAAAGUGGGGAGAUAUCUGAGGCAGCGACACCAACUCCAGGCAACCAAGUUUCAGCUUUUGAGACUGCGCAGCACGAACAGCACACUGGGGAGCAUUACAUGGAUGAUCGAGAUACCGCUCCAACACCUGCAGACCCAACUACCGUGGUUGAGUCCGAGCAGCACGCUUCGCAAGUCGAGGAAAGUUCGAUGGCUGAUCGCGACGCUACUCCAACACCCGCGGAACCGAUGACAGUGGCUGAAUCCGAGCAGCCCGCUUCGCAAGCCGAGGACAAUUUGAUGGCCGAUCGGGACGCCACUCCAACACCAGCGGAGUCAGUCCCUGCGGUUGAGUCCGAGCAGCAUGCCUCGCAAGUCGAGGACAGAUCGAUGGCCGAUCACGAUGUCACGCCAAUACUAGCUGAGCAAAUCCUCGCUGUUCAGUCUCAGCAUGAAUCGCAAACUAAGAGUCAGACUGUAGCUGACCAAGCUGCUGAGACGACAGUGUCCGAGCAUGUGGUGAUCAGCCAAGUAGACGAGCUUGAAGGCAACCAAGAUGUUUCAAUGGGCGAGCCGGAAAGCCCGGAUAGAUCGAUCAUGGAAGAUGCUGACAAUAUGGUUGGCCAAGAGUCGGAACCGGUGGCCCCAGAAGAAAACCUGGAAGUGAUCAGUGCAAUGAACGCAGCACCUUCAGUGCUUGAGGCGCAUGCCAAGGUACCUGCUGAAGACGCCCACGCCGCCGUCAAUCAAGGGGCAGAAGAAACGGACACAGGAGAACACCCGUCAUCAGUGAUUGCAGCUAAGGAAAUUACUCUGGAAGAACAGAACGAGUUGAUUGUGGAAGACAUACAUGACACAGUCGGCCAGAAAGCCGAGGAUAUUGACUCAGCGGAGCACCUUCAACCCGUCGCUGCGGUGGACCAAGCAGGACCUAUGGCCGCGGGGGAACAAAGUCAAACACAAUCCCACGGCACACCUGACCAAGAAAGCCAAGAUGUCGAUAUGACAGUAGAAAGUCAACAGUCGUCGAUUCUAAACACGCUAGAUCCUGAUGGCCAUGGAACUGCGCCAUUGGACUUAGCGGAACAGUCACAGGCCAUUCUUGCAGAGGACCAGGCUAGGUCUCCCGAACCAGAAGAGCAUAAUGAGUCGACGGGGCAGCACUUGCCAUAUAGUGCAGCAGGGGAGCUAAAUAACUCCGAGUCGGAAGAACAAGAUGCGCCAAUUAAUCAAGACACUCCCACAGUUGAUCACAGAAGUCGGGCCUCCGAAGAACGGGGAGAACACGACCAAUUGGUCAUCCAAGACAUCCAAGACACUUUUGGUCAAGAAAAUGGAGCAAUGGACUCAGCAGGAAUCCUGCAUUCUAUUGUUGCAGAGGAUGGGGUAGUGCCCGCCCAGCCCUUUGCUGGAGGCACCAAUGAUGUGCCUGCCCAAGAGGCGGAUGCAAUAAAUUUGGCUGAGCUAGACACUGUUGUUGCAGGAGAUGAAACAGUAUCUGCCAAGCAACCUUUGUUAGAACAAUCGGAGCCCUCGGACGCGGAGACUGAGAGCGCGGACGAAGAUCUGCAUUCAUCUCUUGCAAUGGAUGAAGCUGUAUCUGCCAGGCAACCUCUGGUAGAACAACCGGAGCCCUCGGACGCUGAAACUGAGAGCGCGGACGAGGCGCCGCGCUACCCCAUGGUUGCGGUCGAAGUGAGAUCCGAUGUAAAUGGUUCAGUUAAGUCAGAAGAGCUCUCCGAUGCUGAUGUGGAGAGCUAUGUUGAGCAGGUGCACUCUGUUUCUGUAGAAGAUGAAGCCAGCGCUGCCGACCUAGCUUUGCCAGAUCCAGCAGAGCACUCAGACAUUGAUAUGGAGAGCGAUACCGAGAUUCUGCCCUUUGUCCUGGCGAAGCACGCAGCCAGCUCGGCUGAACACGCUCUAGUAGAACCGGCCGAGCACUCAGAUAUUGUUAUGGAGAGCGAAGUAGAGCUAUUGCUCUUCGACGAUACAGACGACAAAGCUAGCUCAACCGAGCAGGCACCAGUAUCUCCAGAAAUACACUCCGAGAUCGAGACUGCGGGCCCAGCCGAUCCCAACGCGACGACCGAGUCCGAGUCCGAGGAGGACGAAGAAAACGAUGAUUCCAUGGACGUUGGGGAACACCACGAGACCGCCAGCAUCGAACUAGGCGACGAACCGCCGUCCCCGCCGCCUACUACUCGACCGCCAGCGCAGCCCGAGACCGUAUCCGAGGCGGAGAGUGACACUGAUGAUGAAGAGAUCAACGAGAAUUGGUUCCUGUCCCUCCGCCAUCUCCGUCCGACAGCACCGGUCUGGUCGGACGACCCCAACACCCCUUUCAAGCAGUGGGUUCGAGCCGACCAGGCGAUUCUGAGCGAGCGUGACCGCCGCGGCGGGGCCUACCUUCCUGUCGAUGCGAAAGGGGUGAUUCAACGACCGGGCUAUCGAUAACCUUUCAUUCUCGGGUUCUAUCUCUUACUCUUCUUUCUCUUUCGGUGUACAUCAUUACGUGGGACUUAUUUGUUAUACUGCUGAUAAAAAGCGGGCGACAUGAACUUGAUGAUUAUCCUCCGAUUCGAUGAGAGAGUUGAGAGCGGUUCAAGUUCGGAUCAGGAUCCAGGCUUAUGACUACUACAUAAUGUAUUCUAUCGAAAUGCUGCUGGUG